AUGCCGAAACGUCCCGCUUCUCCCAACGCCAUGAACAGCAACAAUGCGUUGCAAAAGACUCCCAUCUUUUUGAUAUUGCUGGGCUUGUCGGCCAUCUUGUUGUUGACGGUGCCUGUCAUGUAUUCUCAAUUGGAGACCAUUAGUCGAGACGAUGAUCUCAUGCAGCUGGGAAGCAGUGGUGGAGAUGGAAUGCGCCAGGAUGAAGCUCUAAGACGAUUCCGUAAACAACAAAAGAAGAAACGGCGACGCGAAAAACGCAAUCACAAUAUGGAUAUUCCCGUCGGAAUGAGCAUGGGUGGUGGUGGUGGCGACAAUCCCAAAUUCCUGCAAAACAUUCGUGACUUUGCCAAGUGGAAGCACCAAGAAGCUCAACGUCGCAAACAACGUGGUCUUCUGUCUAGUCGAGAAGAAUUUGAAGCAAAUGGAGGCUAUGGAAAUGACAAUUUGAAGGAUUUGAAAGAACACGUUCGACAAACUCUACGCGUUCCAGAUCGACCGUCUCCUCCGGAUGUGCCUUAUGAUAUCUACAACUGCCCUGCCCAUCCUCCUCCUAAAUAUCCUUAUGCAUGGAAUGCCCUCAAGGUACUGGGACAUUGGAAUCCCGAUGAUACCGAGCUGCCACCGACAAUUCAUCAAUCCCUCUGUGUGUUUGACUGGGAAACAGAUCAGGAAAAGGCAUACACGUACCGAGAGAAGCAGGUCCCAUUUGUCAUGCAAAAUGUACCCGAAAUCAUGAAGACAUCCAUGCGAUGGAUGUCCGAAGGAUACCUCGACAAACUGCUGGGAGACGAAGCCGUCAGGAACGAACAUUCACGCAAUAAUCAUUUCAUGUACUGGAAAACACGAUAUCCUCAACCGGACUAUGAACCACCCACGGAAUUUGUCAAAUUAACCUAUCCAGAAUGGAAACAAAAGGCAAGAAAACUCGAUGAUCAAUUUGGCACAAAGGACACCAAACUGCAGCAAGUCGAUAAGGAACACUGGUACUUUCGGCUAAAUUGCAUGCUAGAACAACAUGGAGUGUUCUAUGAAGAGCUACCCUUUUUUGAUCCAUCAUUGGGAGAAACCAUGACCAUGAUUGAUCCCAAUCAACAUCGGGGUAUUAAUUGUCGGUUUGGAAUGAAGGGAGUCAUUGCCGAGACACACUUUGAUUCCUCGGCCAAUUUUAUUACCCUCAUGGGAGGACAACGACGAUACAUUCUGGCACAUCCCAGUCAAUGUCCCAACAUGGAACUCUACCCACAACAGCAUCCCAGUGGGCGACAUUCCUCAGUCAAUUGGUCCACGGCAGCCAAGGAGUUUGAGCAUGUGGAUCGGCCCUUUUCACAUGCCCAAGUCAAUGAAAUAGUGAUGCAAGCUGGGGAUCUCCUAUUUCUUCCCACCUAUUGGUUUCAUUUCAUUGUGUCACUCAAUUUGAACUAUCAAUGCAAUUCGCGAUCAGGAGUCUCGCAUGAAUAUGAUGAUUUCAUCGCUGAAUGUGGGUUUGGGGCUUCCACGAAACAACAGCGCAGGGGUGGGCAUCUGUAA